GUUCGUGUUGGCCACAAGACAAUCGUUUCUAAUUGCUGUUCGUGGGAAGAUCUGCGAGGAGACACCAUGAUUAUCACGAAAUUUAGCGGCGUAUAGAUUCUCCUCUCUCUCUCUCUCUCUCUCUCUCUCUCUCGCGCGCGCUCUCUGAGCCUCUGUUAUCAUCCAUGGCCUCUCUGCUAGCUAAUGGAAUUCCACGCUUUCCUCAUCACCCCACUUGGGAACUACAAAAAGACGCUAUUCAAAGGCUGCAGAGUCCCAGAAUUGCUAACUUGAAGAUUUCGAAGUCGAAGCCCUUCAGAGUCCGAGCAGAUGUCAGCUACGAUCCCAAAACUGCGAUAUCCGGUCCGACUUCUCCAGGUAAGCCCUCGCCGUCAUCUACCAGUACUGAUGAGAAAAUUCAGGAUAUUCUUCGUAACCGCGAUUACGAUAAGAAAUUUGGAUUUACUGUGGAUAUCGAUUCGUUUUCGAUUCCGAAAGGGCUUUCCAAGGAAACUAUUCGAUUGAUUUCGUCCCUAAAAGAAGAACCCGAUUGGAUGCUUCAGUUUCGGUUGAAUUCUUUUGAGAAAUUCCUUAGGAUGAAAGAACCGACAUGGUCUGAUAAUCGAUAUCCACCAAUUGAUUUUCAAGAUCUAUGUUAUUAUUCUGCCCCUAAGAAAAAACCUACUUUGAACAGCCUUGACGAGGCGGACCCCGAGCUGCUCAUGUAUUUUGAUAGGCUCGGGGUUCCUUUAAAUGAACGCAACCGUCUAGCUAACGUUGCUGUUGAUGCUGUUCUAGAUAGUGUUUCAAUUGCUACUACUCAUAGGCAAACGCUAGAAAAAGCUGGUGUAAUUUUCUGUUCAAUAUCUGAGGCAAUUAGGGAAUAUCCUGAUCUAAUUAGAAAGUAUUUGGGAAGAGUUGUGCCUAGUGAGGAUAACUUUUAUGCUGCAUUGAACUCGGCGGUGUUUAGCGAUGGAUCAUUUUGUUAUAUACCUAAGAACACGAAGUGCCCGAUGCAGAUUUCGACUUAUUUUCGAAUCAAUGCUUUGGAAACUGGACAGUUCGAGAGAACUUUGAUUGUUGCUGAUGACAGGAGUUUUGUAGAGUAUUUAGAGGGAUGCACAGCGCCUUCCUAUGAUAGAAAUCAGCUUCAUGCUGCUGUGGUUGAAUUGUAUUGUGCUGAAGGUGCAGAGAUUAAGUACUCCACAGUUCAAAACUGGUAUGCUGGCGACGAGGAAGGAAAAGGGGGUGUGUAUAAUUUUGUAACGAAGCGUGGCCUUUGUGCCGGGGCUCGUUCUAAAAUAUCUUGGACACAAGUAGAAACAGGUUCUGCCAUUACUUGGAAGUAUCCGAGCGUUGUUUUGGAGGGAGAUGAUACUGUUGGCGAGUUCUAUUCGGUAGCGCUGACGAAUAAUUAUCAACAGGCAGAUACGGGUACGAAGAUGAUACACAAAGGAAAGAAUACAAGGAGUAGAAUUAUCUCAAAAGGUAUUUCUGUUGGGAACUCAAGGAACUGUUAUAGGGGGCUUGUUCAGGUUCAAUCCAAAGCAGACAAUGCGAAGAACUCGUCUCAAUGUGAUUCAAUGCUCAUUGGUGACAAUGCUGCUGCCAACACUUAUCCAUACAUCCAGGUGAAGAAUCCCACAGCCCGCAUUGAACAUGAAGCCAGUACGUCCAAGAUUGGUGAAGAUCAGUUGUUUUAUUUUCAACAGAGAGGAAUAGACUAUGAGAAGGCCAUGGCUGCCAUGAUAUCCGGAUUCUGUCGUGAUGUCUUCAACGAGCUGCCUGAUGAAUUUGGUGCUGAGGUGAACCAACUCAUGAGCUUGAAGCUUGAAGGAUCAGUGGGUUAAGUGGAAACUAUAGGAACUUUUGAAGGUUUAAUCAUCUUGAGAAGCUUAUAGAUUACUUAGCAUUACCGGCUCCCAAGCCUGCAUCAUUCUGCUUGGAAUAUACUUCUGCCUCCAAAGACAUGGGCAGAAUGUAAAUUAUUUUGGGUGUUCAAUCAACUUGUAGUCGCCCAUUUAUAGCUACAGAUCGAGAUCUGGAAGACAGACUUGCUGUUCUUAUAUAUGAAUAAAAUCCUCACUUAUUAUUCA